AUGGCCCGCACGCCACAUCGAUGGGCUUCGCUAAUUGAACUAGAUGUCGAGCGGAUCGACUGGCUGUCCAUCGCAGAGCACCUUCCCGGUCGCAACAAUAAGGAAUGCCGCAAGCACUGGCAUCAAAAAUUCGCAACCAACACCAACUAUGGCAGCUGGACUGAUAAGGAGGACGAACGCCUUCACAUGGCAAUCGGUCAACAUGGGACCAAGUGGGCACUGGUGGCUCAAGCUGUCGGCACUAGAAGCAGCGAGCAGUGCUCUAAGCGAUGGAACGAUGUGCUCAACCCAGAUCUCAAUCGAAGCCCGUGGACUGAUGAAGAUGAUAAUCUAUUGGAGUCAAGCGUGGACACCCACGGACGGAACUGGAAAUCGAUAGCACAGCUCCACUUCCAGGAUCGGUCAGCAUUGUCCUUGAAAAAUCGACAUGCGCUGCUGCUUCGUCGACAAUCUCGAGGAAACCAAAACCAGAGAGAUAUACUCCCAAGUCUCGAAUCAGAUGGGUCGGGACCUCAACAGGGAGCCUUGACCACGCCUGGCGAUAGCCCUCAUUCCAGCCAGAGUGCUGCUGACGAGUUCGAAAGCACGCCCAACAACGAGAAUGAUAUUCAGAAUUCUUCGCCGCACGGUCAUGAUAAUGGCGCCUCAAUGCCAGUGGUGACUUCCUCCGGCGGUUUUGGAGGAGACAGUUUUAUGCCCUUUGGACAGAAUAGCAAUAUUGCUCUGGACAUGUCCACGUACGACAAUAACCUUCUAACGGGUGAUAUGUCACGAAUAAUCCAAGACUCGUCGUUUUCACCUGGGCAAAUCCAACAGAGCCACCAUCAACAACAUUCGUACCCUGAUAUGUCCUCGUUCAACCCCCUUCCAGCCGGUAUUGACUUCUCCGUCCCUCCCACGCCUCCUUCAAUAGUACCAAAUUCGAAGGGGUCUUCCGAGGAGACGGAAUGGGAAGAAUUUCUCUGCUUGGGUAUCAGCUGUCCUCGAAAGGGGUUGGAAGCCUUCAAAAUGGCUGUUCUCGAAGCCGUCACGAAGGGGCCCAGCUGUCAGGCUAGUGACGAUGAUGACAAGGUCCAGAUAAUGUUGAAGGUCCGGAGGAAGCCUCAGCUUGUUUUUGAGCCACGCAAGACUUGA